ACAUCAAGACUGAGGGCCAAAGCAAUACAUUAAGUAUAGUUACGGUUUGUCCUUCAACAAAGAGCUGUUUUCGUUUGAAUUAGUUUGGAUUUUGCAUCGGUUUUAUGUCACGAAAAAUUGUGUCCAAAUGUUCGCACUGUCUGCAAUACGAAACGAUUAAUCAUCGACAUCAGCAUCUACAAAGAGAGAGGAUAUUCCCGUGUGCCACAUCAAAUAUUCCAGGUACAGAGGUAGGUAGAUAGAUGGAUGCCAUGGUUUUAUGUUAAUACAUGUACAGUGCACGCUUGAUUUACAGGGAACUGAGCUGUCUUGUGUGCCAUGUCAGUUACUCAUUAACCCCAUGCGAAGACUGCACGGCGCGACAACACCAUGGCGCUUCUGCUGCCUGUCAAAAGGACCGGGUCUCACGCACAGUGAUGCUAUGGGACAAUUGCCUCAUCACACAGGGCUCGGACCAUCUUCAAUCUCAGGCUUACAUUCUCUCAUCCUUUGUCCUCCUGAUUCACGGCUUCUUGGGCAGAUCUCUUAUCCUCUCAUCAAACCGAGAUUACAGGCGCAUUGUAAGGGCACAGAGGGGGUGUUGUAGGCCUAUACAUCGGGAGGCAAUUUGGGCUGAGCUCCCUGCUGCUAAAUCUGAUGGACGAAGUACAUAUCGUAGUGUUGUACAUGCAUUGGUCCGGCUGAGUGGGUUGCAGCAAUGAAGGGCCAAAGGAGGAUGUCAUUUCACUGAUGUUGACGAUCGCCGGCCGGACUCAGUGGCUUUUGAUGCUCAGCGAGUCACGCCUCGAGGGCUAGGCUGUUGACUGUCAAUACCUGUGUGUAUGCAUAAUCACACACGCACAAUACACCAAUUCUCCUCAUUCCUCCAUGGUGUAAUCCAGGCCCGAGUUCGUGACGUGGCUAAGCUUACUGGUCGUAUUGAUGGGAACAUAGAGCAAGGAACAGGAUUGGCCGUGAGGUGGGUGUGACGAUCUGAUGAGAGGUUUCUCACGAGCGGCUGCCGAUUAACUUUGUCCUUCACGGAUCGUCUAAUCAGUUGCCUCGGUCACCCCUGGUGGUUUUAGCGUCUGAUGGUGAGGUACAAGGCAGCACUUUGUUCCAGCAAGCUCCAGGAUCAUCGUACAUUUCUUGACUUGCUUACUUUGCAUCUCUGUGGUGCAUGAGUGGCAACCACCGGCAAAAAUAUACGUAUACCUGCUGUGCAUUCUACAAAACAAAAACAACAAGAAUUGUCUUGCAGGUGAGUCAACUUGGUAAAAGGUUAACACUGUGCCCAUAUUCAUAGACCAAGCUGAUGGCCACCAUACAUCACAGAUGGGCUCAGUUAACGUUAAGCGGAAGCUGAUGCAUUUUACGACCAAAAGAAAUCUUGGGCUUAAAGAUACAUUCUGUAGAGGUUACAGGUUCUCCGUGCUGUGAUAGGACUGCAUACUGGAGAACCGAGACCCUAUGAAGAGGUCGAACACGGGAAAGAAACUUCAGUGAUCAUUAUUCCAUCAUCAAGCAUCGUCUUAUUCUCAACUUCGAGAUUUAGAAUAAUUUAAAACAGAGAUGAGGUAACUCGGGAAGGAAUCGUGCAUCCAAGAGGAGCAGAAAGAGAGAGAGGUCGAGCGUUGUUAUGAUUGGAAAUAAUAAAUCUGGCGUCGAAAGAUAAAGAUCUUACCAAGGAGGUCGCGUAAGUCUUCUAUAUAAGCGAGGAUUUUCCUCAUGCAACAAGAAAACUGUGGUGUAUGUGUUGAGUCAUCUACCGAAGGUCUCUAAUAAUAGGUUCUAAUCACUCCUGUCCGCUUAAGAAUAGCCUCCGAGUGAUCUGCUUCCUCCAAACCAAUUACACAACCUCCCUUGUCUAACAUACGCUGAAUGGUAGUCCACGUCGGCUGAGGCAAGUCUGUUUGGGAGAACCAACUGGUCAACUUCUGACGGUGUCGAACAAAGAUGUCUUCAUUUCAAGCCAGAUCCCCUGGGUUUCGGACGUCAUGGACUCGGCCGUCACCAAGCCCAAGACAUACAAGUGCUGUAGAUCGGUUUGAAUUCGGGCGAAGGACGUCAACCUCCGAACGGGAACCAGAAAGUCCAAAGCAAUCGGGUCGGGAGUAUGUGGGGUUUGCGACCCUACCGGACCAAGUCCAUCGCAAGUCCGUCAAGAAAGGAUUUGAAUUCACGCUCAUGGUUGUAGGUGAAUCGGGUCUUGGUAAAUCUACCUUAGUGAAUAGUUUGUUUCUGACAGAUUUGUACAAGGAGCGAAAGGAGCUAAGUGCAGAUGAACGAAUCGAGCGAACGGUAGAUAUCAAGCGAAACUCGAUCGACAUCGAGGAGCAGGGAGUCCGGCUCAGAUUGACCGUGGUCGACACCCCAGGGUUUGGGGACUCCGUCAACUGCAGCAACUCGUGGAAACCGAUUAUCGACUACAUUGAAGACCAGUUCGCUCAGUAUUACGAAGACGAGAGCGGUUUGAACCGGAAAAACAUUGUGGACAACCGAGUACAUUGCUGUCUCUACUUUAUCUCGCCGUACGGACACGGAUUGAGGCCCAUUGAUGUUGGGUUUAUGCAACGACUUCACGACAAGGUGAACAUAGUACCGGUGCUGGCUAAGGCAGAUUGUCUAACACCGACUGAAGUCAGGACGUUGAAAGAAAGGGUGAUGCGUGAGAUUCGAGAGCAAGAUAUCAACAUCUACAGCUUCCCCGACUGUGAUUCUGACGAGGACGAGGAUUACAAACAACAAGACAAGGAGCUGAAGGCGAGUGUUCCGUUUGCUGUAAUUGGCAGUAACACAGUGGUGGAGGUGGGAGGCAAGCGGGUUCGUGGUCGACUCUACCCAUGGGGUAUCACAGAGGUCGAGAAUCCCAAACAUUGUGACUUUGUGAAACUGAGGAACAUGCUUAUCAGGACUCACAUGCAGGAUCUGAAAGAAGUCACACGGGACCUGCAUUAUGAAAACUACCGACUGCGGCGAAUCCAGGAUGAAACAGACAAUCCUGACGUCAAGCAGGAGCGACUCAACUCCAUCCGGAAGGACUCCUUUGCCACCAAGGAGGUCAGCGAGAAGGACCGCAUGCUGGAGGAGAAGGAGGCCGAGCUGCGUAAGAUGCAGGACAUGCUGCUUAAGAUGCAGGCAGAGAUGGCCAAGCAGCAGGGUGCAUCCGGUUCAGGCAGCAACAUGGGCAGCCUUGCCGACCUGGCUACUAACAACAAUGCUGGGAGCGGGGACUCGGAGUCCAACAUGCCUGAGGAGAUGAGUGAUCCUAACGACAGCAGGAGCAGUACGGUGGAAGUAUGAUGGUAUUAAUAUGAUACAAGUUUGUUUAUCAGAUGCCUACUAGAAACUGUUGUUGAGGAGGAGCCAAUUCACGAAUACCGCCAUCUUUGUGAUCACAUGGUAAUCUUUGGGGACAAUCAUUGAAAAUGCAAGGGCGGUGGAAGCUGUUUUCUAUUGGGGUGGCAAAUAAAUAGUGACCCGUUAAGCAGAGCGAGCGAAGCGCCUGAUGGCGUGGGGCCGGGGCCCCAUGUAAGGGCCCUGGAAAAUUUUGUUUUUAGACGCACUCUGAGAGCAUUUCUCAGCUAUUUUGGGAAGGAAAGUCCCUUUGAAUAGACUUCGUAGAAGAUUUUUCCCUCAAACAAUGAUAAACUUCAACUUCAUUUCCAUAAUCAAUAUAAAAAUCAAAUAAGAUACAUAAGACAAAAGAAUAAAUAGAUAAGCAAUAUGAAAUGCACAUAAUUAUGGUGGAGAAGGUCAAAAGGUGCAAAAGUGACCAACUCCAGAUUAAAUCAAUGUAAGCUCCAGAAUAUUUGGCAAAGAGACGUAAAAGAAUGACUGCAUGUGAAAGUAUUUUUUUCCGAGGAAUUUGUAAUUUAAGCAGACACUACAGUAUAAAUUUGUUCCGAAUAUAAUUAAUAUUUAAUUACAACAGUCGCGCAACUGUGUAUUUCAGAACCUUUGUCAAAGCGGAUCCCCUAACAUGCUGAAUAAGAGAAAGACAAAAGUGACAGCUAAGUUAUCUUGCAAGUCUAAUAUUUAAUUUUACACAAUUGUUUUCUUUUUUUUUCUCCAAAAAAACAGUGCUGCAUUUUAAAAUUAUGCUCCUGUGGGCUUGCUAGAAGAACGAGUUCCAGUCACACAUAACGUCACUAGUCAUGGAGCUAAUCCUGCCACCCCUGUUCUGCCACCCAUGACAUACACCCCAUCAUGCAUGUAUCCUCAGCAUGUGAUCACAGAGAUGGUACUACCCAUGAA